AUGAGUAAAAGAGAUGCUGCCGAGGCAGCGCCUGAAGUGCCGCCAGCUAAAAGAGCCAAUUAUGGUGGCCCAGGUGGCCUAUAUGUUGAUGAUGUGGAGGACGAUUUGACUAGUGCUCAUACUCCAUGUUCAGCUCCGGGUCCCGACUCGCCCCAAACAAUCAACACAGCUGCUACGACUCCACGGCCCAAGUUUCCUUCAGAUUUGAAAACCCUCGCUUGCACAUGGCCCGGUUGCCCGAAAACGUUCAAUCGACCUGCGAGACUACGAGAUCAUCUGAACUCCCACACCAAUUCCCGUCCUUUCAAGUGUGCUUAUGAUGGUUGCGAUAAAGAUUACAUCGAGGAUAAACAUCUGAAACAACACAUCAAAGCUGUGCAUACUCUGGAGCGAAAACAUGUUUGUACGAAGGAGGGGUGCGGCAAGAGCUUCGUUACGGGCACUCGUCUGAAACGUCAUCAAGCUGUUCAUGAAGGCGAGGAGAGGUUUCGCUGUAAAGACUGUGGACAGAGCUUCCGAAAGAAGGAGACAUUGAGCAAGCAUGUCCGCAAGGACCACCAAGGUUUACCUGCACUUCAAUGUCCUGAGCAGGGUUGUCCACAUGCCUUUGAUUCAAAGGCGGCCUUGAAGCGACAUCGUGAGAGAGAACACGGCGACGCAAAGUUCUGGUGCGGAGAAUGUGGUUUGCAAAAAAUGCCCGGCGGCACGGAACAGCGUGUUGGAUUCACCACAGAAGUGCUACUUCAAGCACAUGUCCGCCAAGAACACCAAAAUUGCAUCUUCUGCGACUUUAAGCCAGCCUCCCGAUGGGAUCUUGAAAAACAUGUCGAAAUGCAUCACUCUGGUCAAUCCGUAGAGGAUCGCAAGAACAUCCCUUGUCCUUUCGACGAAUGCCACAAAAAGUUCACCAAGAAGUCGAAUUUGAAUGCGCAUAUCCGCACAGCUCACGAAAAGAUCCGGUUCGUAUGUGGUGAGGUCGAUCUCAGUGGUUCUGGCCUUCAUGGCUGGACAAAUGACCAAGGAUGCGGUGACAAGUUCAGCACGAAGGGUCGAUUGGAAGAUCAUAUCCGCUACAGCUCCAGGCACCUCGGCGAAGAGCGUCCCAAGCUCUCCAAACCAGAACCAUCUCAAGAAGUCAACCUCAUCGACGAACUCUCUGGUGCCGCCGCCCAAGCAGAACGGACUAUCUCGUGCCCUCACUGUCACCAAGCCUUCGUCCGCUACCAUGACAGAGAUACACAUGUGGACUUAUAUCACCCACCAAACCCAGACCCCUCUCUGGUCUUGUCUGAGGAUUAUCUCGACCCGGCCCAGUUCUAUUUUGACAGCAGCUUUCCCAACACGCCAUCCUGGCCUGGGAUCAUAUCUGAGGAUGAGCUAUUCGCUGCAUCUAUAGACUACGGUACUCCUCACGACGACUGGCCUGAAGACGAGACCAACAUACUCUUGCUGGCACGCGAUUCUGCAGUCCAGGACCCUCUUGUCGAUCCGGCUCUUGGUGCCAUCUGA